AUGGCUCACAAACCCAAACCCGCUAAACCCAGAGUUCUUCCUGGUAGUAGAGAUCGCGUCGGAUCUGGUGGUAGAGGUCUCGGUGGUGACCCUGGUGCUGGUACAUCCAGAGCCGAUGCUGGUGGCGGAGCCAACCGCCCAGGUUCAACAUCUACAGCCGCCUUUAGGGCUAGAGUCAACGCCGGAGCUGUCGGUGGUCGUGGAGCCAACAACAAAGUAGUUAGACCUACAGUCGGUGGUCCUGGAGCAAACGGCCGACCUACUGAAACUUCAGGCCGAGAUGUCACAUCCACGGUCAGAGCAAACGGCCGACCUUCUGAAACCUUAGGCGGAGAUGUCACAUCCACGGUCAGAGCAAACGGCCGACAGACUGAAGGUGCAUCAUCCCAUUCUUCUAACCCAUCUUCAUCUCAGAACACAGUUUCUGUCUCUAGAACCAGUCUUCCGGCACAGUAUCCACCAUCGACACAACCGCCUACAGCUUGUCAAUUCUAUUCUCCGAUUCAGAACCAUCAACCUCCUCCUCUUGUGCAAGUUGUUGAGCCGUUGCUUCCAGAAGAUCCCAUUCCCGAGCAAGAAGAAUACAAUGGUCAGUUUCCCGACAAUGAUCUUGAUUUCGAGGAAGAAGAUGAGGUUGAAGCUCCCAACCCAGAGGCACAAGACUUUGAACAGCUGUUGGAUGACCAAAUGCAUCGUCCUGGUCGAGAGCAGCUUGUUCGGUUGUCUGAGCAUCCAAUCCCCGACGUGAAGAUGACAUGGUACAACUGGGAUAUUGGGAUUACACCGAUUGUGAGGAAGUAUUUUAUGACAAUUGCCACAAAACGAAUGAGAGGCAUAGUUAGUCAAGCUAAGAACAGUGGUCAAAGGCCAAUUUGGAUCACACCUACGCUUUGGGCUUUAAUGUGGCAACAUUGGAACACUCCUAAGUCAAUUGCGAGGAGUUCUACUGCUUCACAGUGCCGCAACUCUGAUCGUGGUGGUCUAGGAAUUGCAAAGCAUGUUUCUGGGCAGAAAUCCUACUUGAGAGUUCGACGUGAAAUGGAGGUGGAAUAUGGUCGUCUCGUAUUGUUUGGAGAAGUGUUUUUGGAGACACAUACAAAGGAAGAUGGAACCUUUGUUGAUUACAAAGCGCAACAAGUUGCUGAGGCAUAUUUGAAGUAG